AGGAAAUGUUUAGGUUACUGGCAUGAAUCCAAACUUUGGUGUCUUAGUUCUUGUAGCUUUUACUGAUUAGCAAAGUGUCUGUGACACUAAAACUGCUGACUUCCCAAUAGGAAGAGAGUCACAUGACAGGGUCAAAAUACACUCAAGAUAACAAUGAAAUGGAAAUGACUUCUGUUUGGAGGCCUCCAGACAAACAGUAUACACAUUCCUACUUCUGUUUUUCAAGGACUUUGUUAACUCUCUGCUGCUUAACAUAGUUUGUGUGAAUUGCACGUACUGUAAUAAAAAUAGAAAGAAAGAAAAUGAGCCUGGAUGUGUUUAGCCUCACGCUCGCAAUUGAAAACCAGCCUGCUGGAAAUGAAAAGGAUGAAUUACAUUUUUGCUGCUUGGAAUCCUGUGGGAAAAACCUGUAUGUUGGAACAAAAGAUUGUUUUGUGCACCAUUUUGUUUUGCCUGACUUGAGCCAACCGGGGAACGAGAAAACAUGUCCACAACAAAAGGAGGUUAAGAAGAGACACCUUGGAAUGAAGAGGCCUAUCACGCAGCUGAAGGCCUCACCAAUACUGACCCAUCUGCUGGUGCUCUCUGACAGUUCCGUCACUGUACUGAACAUGUUUAGUCUAGAACCCAUCCAAACCAUGCAGAAAAUCCGCAAUGUUGCACUGUUUGAAGUGAAUGAGAUAGCUGCGUUUACAGACCCAGUGUUCGUUGAGCUGUUUGUUGUGGCCUCGAAGAAGAAAGCCAUUUCCAUCUAUGCUGUUUCAAUUGACAAAUGGGAGCGUGUGAAGGAAGUGCCAUUUCCAGAGGAGCCCCUGGCACUGGCUGUGGAUAGAAGCUGUCUCUGUGUGGCAAUGUCAGAUCGGUACAUCCUUCAUAAGCACACGAGUGGAACUACCAAAGAGCUUUUUCCGUAUGAUAAAGUGAAACAAAACCCCAUAGUUAAAGUGGUUGGGAGAGGAGAAUUUCUUUUGAAUGGACCAGGAUCCUUGGGAAUGUUUGUUACAAACUGUGGCAUUUCUCAGCGUCCACCUCUACAAUGGCCAGAGCAGGUACACAUGGCUGCUGUAUAUUUCCCAUAUGUUGUAACACUGGACAGUGAAGCUUUAAGAGUUUACAGUAUUCUGGACCAGCAACAAAAACAGCUCAUCCCUUUUCAGAAAGGAUGUAUUCUGGUGUCAUCACAAGAAAGAGUUUUUGUAUUGACCAGCAACGAAAUCUACAGCCUGAUACCAGUUCAAAUAGAAGAGCAAAUCGAAACCUUAAUGAGCAGGGAGCGGGCUUCUGAAGCUCUGGAUCUUGUCAAAGGAGCACGUGCUGUCAUUCCAAAAGAUAAAUACAAGGCAGUGUAUCAGUAUGUUCUUCAGCAAGCCGGAUUUAUAAAGUUCUUCCAGGAAUGCUUUUCUGAAGCCAAGGAACUUUUCAUCAAAGGCCAUCUUGACCUUAGAGAAGUCAUUGCCUUGUAUCCCGAUUCCCCGCCUCUCAGUACAACCUUUAAACAGCCUCAUCCCUCAGUGUGCAACAUUAAGGAUCUCAAUCAGAUGAAAAAGGAAGAUCCUGAAAGGCUUCAGCGAUACAAACAAUUUCUUGUGGAUUUCUUGAGUGCAAUCCGUCUGACAGAGCAGGCUCAGCGCUGCAAGGAACAGGUUGACAAUACUCUGCUGAAACUGUACGCAGAGAGUGGGAGUGAAGAAUUAAUCCACUUGCUGUCCUCUGACAAUGCAUGCCAGCUGAAUGAGUGUGUUCACUGCCUAGAGAAACACCAGAGAUACUUUGCUUUGGGCUUCCUUUAUCACAGCCGAGACCAGGAUUACAAUGCUAUUCAGACAUGGAUUCAAAUUGCUGAUGGUUACCUUCAAGAAUCUACACAGAAAGAUAUCCACAGACAUAUAGUGAAGUUCCUUAGCUUUCAACAGAAAAGAGAGCUUGUCUGGAAAUAUGCUGAUUGGGCGGUACAGAAGAACCAGGAGGUUGGAGUACAAAUCUUCACAAAGCGUCCUCAGAGAGAACAGGAGUCUUUCAGUUAUGAAGAAGUCAUUGGUUUUUUAAAGCAAUACCAGCUGGCUUUAAUGCUAUAUCUUGAGUAUUUGGUUACUGCCCGUAAUUCAAAGGAGGAGAGACACCAUACCCUCUUAGCAAUGUCAUACCUUGAGCAGUUACUGGAAAAGAAAGACAGGGACAAAAUAACUUUGUUUGGAACCAGGACUAAAUUGCAGGUCCUGCUCCAUGAGUCUUCCUUUUACAAUGUUGCCGUUAUACAAGACAGAGUACUGGAUACAGAAUUGCACACAGAAAUAGCAAUUCUGUACAGCAAACAAGGAGAGCAUGACAAAGCUCUGUGGACCUUGGUUCACAAAGAGCAGGAUUUUCAAGCAGCAGAGAGGUACUGUCAGAGAAACUCGGAAGGCAAGGACAAGGCCUUUAGAAGCAUGCUGUUCAGUACUCUGCUUAAGAUCUAUCUGGAUUCAACCACCUGCAACAAAAAUGAACAAGUGACUGCAGCAGUGGACCUGCUGAACAAUAACGUGGCUGUCUUUGACCUCAUCAGUGUCCUACAGAUACUUCCUGAUUCCUGGUCACUGCAACUGGUAUCCAGGUUUUUGGUUGAGUCUGUGAGAAUCAGUAUACACUACCGGAGAAUGGAGAGCGUGGAGAAGAGUUUAGCUCAAGCCGAACACCUUAGGUACAGGUAUUCAAGGGCUAAAGCUACAGAAGGAAUCGUCAAAGUAGCAAAAGAAAGGACAUGUCAAGUGUGUCACAAAUCUUUCACAGAACCUACAUUUCUUUGGAGCCUGAGUGGAAUAUUAACGCACACACACUGUGCACGCAGAUAAAACCACAGCGGUCCAAAAUUUUACUUCAGGGAGAUGAGAAAAAAAGAAAACUAAAAAAGACAAAGACCCUGAAAAAUGCCAUUGGGAUAACCUGAAGAAAUCUUAACAGAACCAUUAGCAGGCCACAUCAGCAAUGGCAACACAACGGAUCUGGAACAAACAAUGCACAGUGAAAUCAACGUGAUAGCACACUGGUACCGAUGAAGUACUGAAGCUGCGGUGGUCUACAGGAAUAAAGGUUUUAACAACAAUGACUUUUUAUGUAUUACUCCCUAUAAUACUCAUUGUGUCGCCAUGGCACUGUCAUACACUACUCCUGGCCUACUCCAUCACUCUGAACUAAAAGGUGAUGUAAUACAGUUCUGUAAAAGAGAUUAUCCUGAAAGAAUCAUAAUAACCACUUGUUUAAUUAUAAUAUUUAACAUAGCGUGUAAAAAGUAAUUCUUGUUGUGUGCAUUCAACUAUACCAAUAAAUGCCAUAGCGAAGGAUGACUGGUUUAAAAAAUAAAACAAAUAAUGAAGUGAUUGAUCGUCCUGUGUUAACUCUGUAAACUUAUAAUGUGAAUAUAAAUAAUGUGGCUCAAACUAUAAAUAUAAAUAAUGUGGCUCAAACUAAAUCUGAGGAGUGUUUAGACUUUUCAGUGUUGCGUGCUGAUAAUAAAUUGAAUCCUCGACGGUAAGAAUUGAAGAAUAAAGGUAGUUUUAAUGAUGAUUAUACUGUUGUACUAUACAUGGGGCAUAUGUUACUUGUGUUUAUGUAUUCCCUUUUCUGCAUUUAUUUUUUCAGAUAUUUUAGGCUUUUUGUAGACAGCCAAAAAUCUUUUUCAAUUCAAUUUUAAUAAAUAAAUCUGGACUUUAACUUUGGAACUGCAAUAUGACUGUGUUUUUUCUAAUUUGGCCCAAAAUAAUUCUUCUUUUCAUUUUUCAAGGUAUCAAGGACGUUUUUUGUUACGGUUCCCGUUCUUUAAACUCCCUGGUUAUGAUCAUUGAGUGUGAAUACGCUCCAGUGCCAUCACUGCUGUCCUGAUGGAUAAGCACUAAGUAAACGGGACACUUUGCUGUUCUUUAAACUCCCUGGUUAUGAUCAUUGAGUGUGAAUACGCUCCAGUGUCAUCACUGCUGUCCUGAUGGAUAAGCACUAAGUAAACGGGACACUUUGCUGUUCUUUAAACUCCCUGGUUAUGAUCAUUGAGUGUGAAUACGCUCCAGUGCCAUCACUGCUGUCCUGAUGGAUAAGCACUAAGUAAACGGGACACUUUGCUGUUCUUUAAACUCCCUGGUUAUGAUCAUUGAGUGUGAAUACGCUCCAGUGCCAUCACUGCUGUCCUGAUGGAUAAGCACUAAGUAAACGGGACACUUUGCUGUUCUUUAAACUCCCUGGUUAUGAUCAUUGAGUGUGAAUACGCUCCAGUGCCAUCACUGCUGUCCUGAUGGAUAAGCACUAAGUAAACGGGACACUUUGCUGUUCUUUAAACUCCCUGGUUAUGAUCAUUGAGUGUGAAUACGCUCCAGUGUCAUCACUGCUGUCCUGAUGGAUAAGCACUAAGUAAACGGGACACUUUGCUGUUCUUUGAACUCCCUGGUUAUGAUCAUUGAGUGUGAAUACGCUCCAGUGCCAUCACUGCUGUCCUGAUGGAUAAGCACUAAGUAAACGGGACACUUUGCUGUUCUUUAAACUCCCUGGUUAUGAUCAUUGAGUGUGAAUACGCUCCAGUGCCAUCACUGCUGUCCUGAUGGAUAAGCACUAAGUAAACGGGACACUUUGCUGUUCUUUAAACUCCCUGGUUAUGAUCAUUGAGUGUGAAUACGCUCCAGUGCCAUCACUGCUGUCCUGAUGGAUAAGCACUAAGUAAACGGGACACUUUGCUGUUCUUUAAACUCCCUGGUUAUGAUCAUUGAGUGUGAAUACGCUCCAGUGCCAUCACUGCUGUCCUGAUGGAUAAGCACUAAGUAAACGGGACACUUUGCUGUUCUUUAAACUCCCUCAUAAAGAUGGACUCUUGAAAAGACCUUUGCAUGAAGAAUGCAAUAACAUCAUAAAAGUUAACAGGAGGCUCAUUAUGAAGGUGAGGCUGGAUUGUACUUUCCGUAGUGAUUCAAUGCAUUUUCAGUGUUUUAUUGUGCAUCACCAUGGAAACUGUGCAAGUCGUGUACUGUGUCUACAUUUCACGCCUGUCACUUCUUGCUUCUUCUAUAUCUCUAGUGGUUCAAGGUUUUUAAAGAGUGUACCCUGUGUAUAAGGCUAAAGGAUUUUGAAUAAAUACAGUUUUCUAUUGACUUUAAAAGAAUGCCAGCUUAUGAAAUGAUAUGAACCGUGACACAGCAUCCGGCUGGCUUUAGGUAUCCUCUUGUACUUCAGUAAUCUGUGCAUUUGUUUUCUGUCGUAUAUGUUGCUGCAAGAAUAUAAUCACUUGUUAGGAAAGACAGAACUUCACUACAACUGAUUCACAGCUUCUCCCACAGAAACAACAGGUCAGUCUCACCAAAAAUACAUUUACUCAAACUGUGCAAUUCACACUCUGAAUCACGCCAUAUUUAAAUCCCCUGUCAGAUUUUUUCUUGCAUUAGCAAGUAGAAUCACAACCAAUAUCUAGUAAGAAUAAAUUAACUAAAAAAAACUAAAAAAAAACUGAAACACUAGAAAAUCAACGAAACAAUCAAUAUCAUCAAACACUGUAGAGAGGUUUGGGCAAGAUAAAUGCUGUACAGGAUAUAUUCUUGGUAAAAGUAUGACUAUGAGGUAAAAGUAUGAGGCCCAUACUGCAUCGUUGCAAAUGUCUGCGAUAGAUGCGACCUGGAAUAAUGCCCAGGAGGUUGCAAGGCCUCUUGUGGAGCGACCAGUGACCUUUUCUGGUGGGAGCAGGUUGGAUAGAUCGUAUGCAAUCCUGACCGUGUCUGGAAUCCACCUCGACAGCCGCUGUUUAGAGAGGGCUUGUUCGGGGAACUUACACCCAAAGCAAAUAAGCAAUUGUUUGGAUUGCUGCCAAUUGCCCUAACUAGAC